ACCCUCAAUAGUCGUACGCUCUCUGCCUCUCUGUUUUCUCUCACGACUCACGCACGCUCUGUCGCUCUCGGCCUCUCUCUGCUCUCCAGCCUCUCCUUCAUUCGAAGCUCUCUCUCUGUUCGUGCCUCUCUCUCCAGCCUCUCCUUCAGUCGGUUGUGUCAAGGCCUCUCCUCUCCAUCGAACUGAUCGAAGCUCUCUGCCUCAGUGUCUCUCAACUGCACGCACGCGACGACCGACGAGGGUUUUCUGAUUUCUCAGUCACUCAAAGUCAAAAGAUCUUGGAAAUGUCUUAGAUGCAAAGCCAAUGGGUUUUCUUACUCUUAUUAUGAGUGGCAUACAAACCCAGUUAUCUGUUUAGAAGGGUUGUCAUAGUUAGCAAGCGCCUUCGAAUACAAAACUCUUCCUCCUUCUUCUUCAUCUUCGUCACCGUUUUAGCUGAUUUAGCGGUUUGAAAUGGAAGGGAGCAAAGACCAGAUUGUGGAUGUGGGAUCGGUGGUUGAAUCCGUUUCUGCUGAAGAUGGUGACGCCCCUCUUUACCAACUCGAAAGCCUCUGCAUGCGUUGUCAUCAAAAUGGGACUACAAGACUUCUAUUGACUAUAAUUCCAAAUUUCAGAAAGAUUUUGUUGUCGGCUUUUGAUUGUCCUCAUUGUGGUGAGAGGAACAAUGAAGUUCAGUUUGCUGGCGAAAUUCAACCGCGUGGUUGUUGUUACUCUUUGGAGAUCCCAUCAGGCAAACAUAAGAUGCUCAACCGGCAAGUGGUAAAAUCAGAAUCUGCGACCAUUAAGAUACCUGAAUUGGAAUUUGAGAUACCACCAGAGGCUCAACGUGGUAGUCUGUCAACGGUGGAGGGGGUACUAACGCGAGCUGCUGAUGGACUUCAGGCCCUUCAAGAAGAACGCAGAAAAGUGGCUUCAGAGACAGCUGAAGCACUCGAUCAAUUCUUGGUGAAAUUGCGAGCUUGUGCAACAGGAGAAUCAUCCUUCACAUUUAUUGUUGAUGAUCCUGCGGGAAACAGCUUCAUUGAAAACCCGUUUGCACCAGCAUCUGAUCCAUCACUGACUACCAAGUUUUAUGAGCGAACUCCUGAGCAACAAACAUUGUUGGGAUAUCUUGUUGAUUCUACACCGAUUGAAGGAACUCGUGGCGAAGCACCAGAAGGAGUAGAAGCUGUGGCUGGUAAUCAAAUGAUGAGAGAACCACAUGGGUCAGUGGGGGCAGCAGCUGGUCAUCGAGCCAUUGCACAAAGUAAUAGUGCAGAUAUAGCAGAAGCAUUAUUUCGCUAUACUGCACCAGAAGAGGUGAUGACUUUCCCAUCUACCUGUGGUACCUGUGCCAGUAGUUGCGAGACUCGAAUGUUCGUCACCAAUAUUCCAUACUUCCAAGAAGUAAUUGUAAUGGCAUCCACAUGCGAUGCUUGUGGUUACCGCAACUCUGAGUUGAAACCUGGUGGCCGAAUUCCUGAAAAAGGAAAAAAGAUUACUCUCUAUGUGAAAAAUGUUAAUGACCUGAGCCGAGAUGUAAUAAAGUCUGAUACAGCAAGUGUAAAAAUUCCUGAACUUGAGUUGGAGCUGGCAAGUGGCACCCUGGGAGGACUUGUCACAACUGUUGAAGGUUUAAUUUCAAAAAUUAGUGAAAGCCUUGAGAGGGUCCAUGGGUUUACUUUUGGAGAUAGCCUUGAUCAAGAUAGAAAAAGCAAAUGGAUAGACUUCAAAGCAAGGCUAGACAAGCUUCUUAGCUUGGAAGAAGCAUGGACUCUAGUUCUUGAUGAUGCAUUAGCCAAUUCUUUUAUAGCACCUGCAACUGAUGAUCUAAAAGACGACAAUCAAUUAACAUUUGAGGAAUAUGAGAGGUCGUGGGAGCAAAAUGAAGAAUUGGGUCUGAAUGAUAUUGACACAUCCAGUGCUGAUGCUGCUUAUGAAUCAACAAAUACUACUAAAAAUGAGUGAGUUUUAAGUCAGGCCCAUCCUUGCCUCUCUUCUCCCACCUCCACCCAAAACCAAUGGAGGGAAGAGAUUUGAGAGAAAAGAAGAAUUUGUGUGCACUGUGAUAUCAAGGAAACAGAAAGGAAAGAAAAGUCUGUUGUAUUGACUUUCAUAUGUAAUGUAAUGGCUAUCGUUUUGCUAUUUAUGUACCCAAAUUUAUUAACUUGUCUCAUCCUUCUGAAAUAGUUCUGUUGUGAAGAUGUAAUCUAUUUUGAGUAUUGACUUGGCAAUUUAAUUGCUUAUAUAUGUUUUUUGAAAUAUAUGAAAAUAAGGUUUAUUUGAUUA